AUGAACGGAAGCAACCUAGACGAUCUUCAAUGGCUCCAAGAAAGUGAAACUCGUGGUCAUGAUGAUGAUCCCGCGUCGACGGCACCUGCCGCCGGUCAACGCCUGUCCUUUGACCUGCUGCAGAAAUUCGGACAAUCAUCAUCGGCGGCGGCUGGAUUGGGCUCCCCGGAUCACGAGGAGAUCGCCAAUCAUGAUGGGGAGCGGUUGCCGGCGGAGGAAGUGGUGAGAAUCGCCGCCGCGAGGAUCGUGAAGUUCUCGUCCCACAAGGCCGGAGCUCCUUCGAUGCUCCAGAUCCCAUUCGACCCUGCCCUCUCCCACCUCUCCGACGAGGACCUCAGAGACGUGGAGCUGGCGGAGUGCCUCCUCGCCGCCGCCGAGAGGGUCGGCGACAAGCAGUUCAAUCACGCCUCCGCUUUGCUCAACUUGUGCGAUUCAUUGGCUUCCAAGACAGGGAACCCUCUUCAGAGAUUAGGGUAUUGCCUCUGUCAGGCCCUCCGGGACAGGAUAGCUCGCGAGAAAACGAUGGUCGCCGGCGGCGGCGGCGAACAGCCUCCCUCCCCGCGGAGGUUUCCCGACCUCGAGGAAUCGUUGAUCACGAAGUCGGAGUUCGCGAUCACGGCGAUGACACGUGGGCAGAUCCCAAUGUACCAGGUGCCACAUCUGGUCGCGGUCCAGGCGAUACUGGAACGGGUGGCGUCCGCCAGGCAGAUCCACGUCAUCGAUCUCAGGAUCAGUAACGGUCAACAGUGGGUCGCGCUCAUGCAAGGUCUGGUAUCGCGCUGGUCGGACCGAACCGGUCCGCCGGUCCAUCUUUUACGCGUCUCUGCGGUGGUAGUGAGCAGCAGCGUUAACGGUACCACUGUCGCGGAUCACUUGGCUUCUAUUGAGGAGACGGGAGACAGGCUGACGAAGUUCGCCGAGAGCAUGGACGUGCCGUUUCGAUUCGAGAUUGUUGUGAUGGAGGACGGGUGGGGUUUCUCUCAUGACCGGUUCGGGCUGAACCUCAGAGAGGAAGCGUUGGUGGUUUACUCGGAGUACGGGCUGAGAGGGCUGAUGGGUCAGCCACGUCAGGCGGAGCAUGUGAUGAGGGUUCUGAAGCAAAUGCGGCCGCGAGCCAUGGUGACGAUCGAGGUGGAAGCCAACCUCAACUCCCCGAACUUCGCACAUAGGUUCGUGGAGGCCAUGUUCCACUACAGCGGGGUGUUCGAGAACAUUGAAUUGGGUAUGACCCGAGAUGACCCGAACCGGGUGGUUGUCGAGACGGUUUUCGUGGGGGACAAGAUUAGUAACAUAUUGGCGUGUGAAGGAGAAGAGAGGUACAUGAGAAGUGUGAGGAUUGGGGUUUGGAGGAAGUUCUUUGCCCAAUUCGGGAUGGUUGAGGUUGAACCCAGUGAAGCGGCUUUGCACCAGGCCAAUCUGUUUAUAGAGAAGUUUUCAAGUGGGCACCCUUAUACCAUAAGUAUGGAUGGCCAGAGCAUGGUUUUGGGGUUCAAGACUACACCUAUGGUUUGUGUGUCUACUUGGAAGUUUGUUCAUUUGGCUAAGCUAGUGAGUAAUAGUCGCGAUGAAUUGAGGGUAGAGUUUUACUAA